UUCUUGCUUCUGAAUUGAAAUUUCCUCAGACAUUUUCUCUUGGGCAUUGAAAUUUCCACCACACGAAAGCAACGACUACAGGCGCGUGGUUACUGUUCCCAUUCGAUGAAUUAUCAGCCCCCACGGGUAAUUCAAUGAAUUGCCAUACCUACACAGUAGGCAACAAGAAGGCAUUUUGGUCUUCUUCCCGGUCAGACAGGAGAAAUUGAGGCCAGAAUCAGAGCAAAGAAGAAAUGCAUCUUCCCAUUUUUGAGCACUCUUUCGCCGUACUCGUGACACCGAUCCUUCUCUUGUUUCUCGUGUUCAAUCUCCUCAUAAAGAAGAAAAGUGUCCGUAGAGAUGGAGAAGAUAGUGAUACUGGCGUAUCUGGUUCGCCAACUGUGCUGACAGAAACUAAUUCCAGUGCAUCUAGUUCGUCGACUGCGCCGACUGGAAACCACUAUGACGUGUUCUUGAGCUUUAGAGGCCCAGAUACUCGAGAAGGCUUCACUGAUCACCUCUACCACGGACUCGUCGAUGCUGGAAUUCGUGCUUUUAGAGAUGAUAACGAACUCCGCCAAGGCGAGCAGAUCGGUCCGGAUCUUUUGGCAGCCAUCAUGAACAGUAAGAUCUCAAUCCUCAUUAUCUCCGUGAAUUAUGGUUCUAGCAAAUGGUGCCUUGAUGAACUGGUUCAAAUAAUGGAGUGCAAGAAUAAUAACACAAGGCAUUUAGUCUUGCCUAUAUUCUACAAAGUGGCACCAACUCACGUGCGACAUCAAAUCGGGAGUUUUGGAGACGCAUUUCGUACGCGUGAGAAGCGUUUCAACUCAAAGACUAUGGAGAAAUGGAAGCAAGCACUCAAAGAAGUUAGUGACUUAAAAGGAUGGGAAGCCAAAGGGUACGAAGGAGAAUUAGUGAAAAAGGUUGUCCAAAAAGUGUUAAGCGAGUUAAAGAAAGAGUUUGAGUUGGUUAUUCCUGAAAAUUUGGUUGGAAUUGAUAGUCAUGUGGAUAAGGUUAUGGAAUUUGUAGAUAAGAAGUUUAGUGCUACCCUAUCUGUUGGAAUCCAUGGAAUGGGAGGGAUUGGUAAGACAACUCUUGCUAAAACUAUCUAUAACAAGCUCUUCCAUCAAUUUGAGUAUCACAGCUUCAUUGCGGAUAUUAGGGAAUCAUGUAAGCGUAAUGGUCUUGAGUACUUGCAAAAUCAGUUAAUCACCGAUAUAUUGAAGCAAAAAGAUCAAGUUCAUAAUAAAGAUGAAGGGAUUAAGUUCAUCUCGUCCAAGUUUGAAGGUAAGAAAGUCCUCAUCCUUCUUGAUGAUGUGGAUGAUGAUGAUCAGUUGAAGGCUUUAGCUGGAAAUCAUAAUUGGUUUUCUUCUGGGAGUAGGAUCAUCAUUACAACCAGAAACAAGACUAUUCUUGACAAUGCUCGGGUGGAUCACAACUAUGAACAUAAGGAAUUGGAUAUGAAUCAAUCUUUGAUUCUAUUUUGUAGACAUGCUUUUAGAAGGGACACUCCUCCUAGUGAAUUUGAGGAAGACACUCAUAAGAUUGUAUCCUCCACCGGAGGGCUUCCCUUAUCUCUUGAGGUUUUAGGUUCAUUCCUAUGUGGGAAAAAACCAAUACUGUGGCGCGAUACGAUAAACAAGUUACAAAAAGUCCCUCAUAAGAAAGUGCGAGAAAAGUUGAGGAUAAGUUACGAAGCAUUAGAGCAUGGACAAAAACAAAUAUUUUUGGAUAUAGCUUGCUUUUUCAUUGGCACCGAUGGAAGAAUUGCAUCCUACAUGUGGGACACUUGUGGCUUUUUCCCAUAUGAGGGAAUUGAAGUAUUGAGAUUUAUGUCAUUAAUAAAAGUUGGAGAUGAUCAUGAGCUCAGAAUGCAUGACCAAUUGAGAGAUCUUGGUAGGGAAAUCGUUCGUGAGGAAAACCAGCAGGAACCUCAGUACCGUAGUAGGUUAUGGGACUCCCAAGAAGUCCUCAAAGUGCUAAAGAGAAAUAAGGGAACAGAAAAGAUUCAAGCCAUUUAUCUGAGUAAAGGCACUUCAGAAUGCUCUGGCAAAAUAGCUGACCAAGAUGAUAUCCACACAGGCGAACAAUUUAAGAAUUUAACAAGUCUAAGGUUCCUUCAAGUGAGUGGGGCACAUUUUAGUGGAGAUUUUAAGAACUCUACCGAGGAGUUAAGAUGGCUUCGAUGGUGGAAUUGUCCCUCGACUUUUGAAGCAAACAAUUUUCAUGUAAGGGAAUUAGUUGUACUCGAUUUGUUGAGAAGCAAGAUUUCAGAUGAAUGGCGAGGAUGGAGUUCCAUCAUGAUGGCAAACAAGCUAAAAUUUCUUGACCUUACAGAAUGUCUAUCUUUAAAAGGAACUUUCUUCCUCUCAGCUUUUACAAAUUUAGAGGUUCUAAUCCUCCAUGGUUGUGAGGAACUGGAGCAAAUUGACUCUUCAAUCGGAGACAUGAAGAGUCUGGUACGCUUGGACUUGGGGUUUUGUAGGAUGCUCAAGGAGCUGCCUGCAGAAAUGGGUAAAUUAGAAGCAUUACAGCAACUCUUUCUAGAAUAUUGUCCUAAAAUUUCUAUAGUACCAGACAGUAUAGGGGCUCUGCAGAAUCUAGAAAUUCUAGAUAUGAGAAGAAGUGGGAUAAAAGAAUUGCCAGAUAGUAUAGGGGCAUUGCAGAAUCUAAAAAUUCUGGAGAUUGGAGAAACUACGAUAAAAGAAUUACCAGAAAGUAUAGGUGCCUUGCGGAAUCUAGAAAUUCUGAAGAUUAAUGACACUCAGCUAAAAGAAUUACCGGAAAGUAUAGGGGCCUUGCAGAAUCUGGAAAUUCUGUAUGUUGGUUGGACAAGGUUAAAAGAAUUACCUAAUGGUAUUGGAAGGCUGACAAAGCUCCGAGAGCUAGAUGUUGCAUGCUCAGAUAUUUUUGAAGUUCCAAAAUGCAUCGGUAAUCUUUCUUCCCUACAAAGGCUGGAGUUUCAUCGUUGUAAGAAGCUCCAAUUGCUACCAGAACUUCCUUCCAGCUUAACGAGUUUGAGCGUCACCUGUCAAAGUCCUAGAUUGCCUUCACUUUCCUACCUGACCCAUCUCAAGAAACUACAACUUUGGGAUUGCAAAAUUCUUGAGUGCAUCUCAGAGCUUCCAUCGACACUAUUAGAGCUUUCAGAAUGCUCCCACUUAACAGAUGUUGAAGAAUCAGAAUUACCAAAAUCCGUAAACGCCCCCUUCAAUUUGGAAGAAUUAUUGAUCUCGAAAUGUGAGUUUAUGCAAAUACUGGAUGUUUCACAAUUAAGCCAUUUGAGGUAUUUAUUUGCCAAUAUUUGCUUUAACUUACUUGAAAUUCGAGGUCUUGACAAAUUGAAAUAUUUGGAAACCUUAGUAAUAAAAAAUUGUGCUUCAAUUGAAAGGCUAGACCUUCCAAAAUUCGGGAGUGUAAAGGUAAUAUCUGUUGAAAAUUGCAAAAAAUUAGUCGAAAUUCAAGGCCUUGAUAGAUUGGAGUUCUUGGAAAGGCUGACAAUCCGUGGGUGCAUUUCAAUUGAAAGGUUGGACCUCUCAAAAUCCGCAGAUAUGAAGAAAUUAUAUGUUGAAAACUGCCAAAGCUUACUCGAAAUUCAAGGUCUCAAUAAGUUGGAGCUCUUGAAAGAGCUAGGUAUCUCUGGUUGCCUUUCAAUUCAAAGGCCUAACCUUCCAAAAUCUGAUGGUCUAAAGAUAUUAAAUGCUAAUGAUAUGCAUGCCGCUAGAAAUUCAUGGGGACGUCUCAUAAAAGGGUCAUCAAAGAUUCGGAAAAAAUGGAGUGAAGACAACUAGGAUGAGUCAAAAUAGUCGAGAUGAUCCACAUUUCCUAAGAAUUCACAAAGUAGGUGAGCUAUCUUCUCUUUUGAGAUCUAUCGCCCAUUUUCAUUUGUAUUUUCUGUUCGUAACUUCUUUUAAGAUUUAUUUCAUUUUCAUUUGUACUUCUGGGUUGACGGUG